AUGUCGCCUCAACUGUCACCAAAUCAUCACUCCAUCGAGACCAGCCUCAAAGACCCCAGCUACUCAGAUCCUUACCUCUCCGCCCCUCUCGACCCAGAUGAAGCUGCUUUUCGGUCGUCGGCAAUCCGCUUGACUCCAGCGCCUGACGACAUUCCUGCAGCUUCAUCUCCGAUUCCCUCCUCAAACUUCCAUACGAAUGGCAUUCCUGCGCCCAGCAUCGAUACAUCAUGUUUCGACGAAGACUCGUUCCAUCCAGACAACAGCAGUACCUCCGUUUUCAGUCCGGGCGAGGAACUCUUGAGCAAUCCUAGCUUAUCCUCCCCCAAUGUGGAUUACGGCAUGACGGGCUUGAACCUGAACCUGAAUCUAAACCCCACGGAUUUCACAAAUGAUUGGCAACAAAACCUGUCUACAUUGCUUGAGACACAACAGCAUGAUUUGGGAUCUAUGGACUUAUCUUCUCCCCAGCCAAUGAUGGCGUCUUCCCAGCUUCUCAGCCCCGUUUUGACCGAUCACACGAGUCCAACCUCGGACUUGGGCAAUCACUCAUAUUUCCCUUCUGGCAAUGAUGCGCUCCUGUCGCCCGAGGGCUCCCAGAAGAACGGCACACUGCUACCAUCGCUGAUUACUACUUCACUCAACGAUAAUCUGAGUGUUCAUGCGGAUCCGGAAUCUACCAGAGCCCCAAGUCCCAUUGUGAUGGUGGAAGAUACGUCCCAGGGCGAUCUGCCCAGUGCUGCCAUCUACAGUCGACGUCCGUCAUCCGCCUAUCUCUCCCCGGGCGGCAUGGAUGACGAUCAAGACAUGGAGGAUGAUCACUCAUCCAUUUCCCGUGCGUCUGAUGGUUCGUGGAUCCGGAACACGACCACAGGGCUUGGCGGUGUGGACCCAACUUUGAGAGAAGAUAUCUGGGUACCCAGCCCCAACGAUAUGGAAGCCCAUCGCGAUCUAUUCGAAAAGACCGCCGACAUCCAUAGCUGGACAGCUACAGUCAGUGCAGCCACAAGUGAGGUGGGAGAUGAUAACUUUCUUAGCGUUCGAGGCCGGCCCGCCCGGCCGGCGCACCGUCGUCGUGCAAAGAGCACGGGAGAUGCGUCCCUGCAACAAGACUAUCUCAACUACAGGUCUCAGUACAAUAGCCUCGCGAUCCCCGGUCCAGGCGUUCUGAUCCAGGAAAAGAGCGAUGUAGGAUCCAGUGAACCCGACUCAACAAGCAGGUCGGGAUCGCCCGUUGCCAGUAUUCUGCUGACGACGGAGGAUGAAAUGGACCACGAUAUUUCUGCUAACGAGCCCAGUUUGGAAUAUGAGGAUCCCCUGCCUAGCCAGUUCAUUCGCGCUCGCCAGUGGCAGGAUGACCUCCAGGCCAAUAACUCGACUGCUGCCAUGCUGGAGUUCCAGCAGAAGGUCAGAGAAAUGGACACGGCCUCGCGGAUGGCUACUUGGGGCACUCGACACGGCACUCGACACGUCAACGAAGCUGAAGUCAGCAGCAUUGUUGGUGGUGACUCCAUGGGAAAGUUGACAAUUGGCGAACAGGACAGGGGCAAAGAACGACGAAGCAGUCUUCUAAGCCUUCUUCCCAGAGCCACUUCCCCCCUAAAACGGCAGCGGUCGAUGGAACGUGUCCUCGAUACGCCGGCCUUGGACAGCAACGGUAGCCAGAGUCAAGCUGGCGUGCAAAGGAAAUCCAGCGUGUCGUCAAACCGCCGGAAGCUUAGUAUUGGUCGCUCCCCCAGGUCAACCAGUAUAAACACUGGUGGCGCGAUGGCUGCGAUUGCCGGUUCGAUGGCUGCAAUUGGUGGUGGGAACAAACUUUCGCCCGGUCCUCCUGCUGGCUGGUCCCGUGGAAGAAGCAAGAGUGAAGUCCCGCCACCGCCACCAGAUCUGAUGGUUAGCUUUGAUGCUCCCUCCCCGGUUCCCAGCCCUGGAUUCUUCCCAGAGAGGCCGCAGCAGUCGAUCGAUAAGGGGCUGAAUGGGAACAAUGCCGGUAGAGAAGACGAGGAGGAUGAGGAGGAAGAGGGAAUGGUGAUGGAGUUUCCAGUUCAAUCGCACCUCCCUGUUCCGACACAUGCUGGGUUUAAAACGCAAAUCACCCAAUUGAACCCUCGGCUAGCGUCUUCACUGGUUGACCGCCUGGCAAUCGAACAGGUUCGUCGGUACAAGAAGCUCGUCGACCAGAAAGCCAGCCAUUCUCGUGCCGUCGCUUCUCACUCGUGUGGGGCUGGGAAACACUGUUUUGGGCAAGGUGGUGAGGCGAGAAUCCUGCCUCCGCGGACGAGCACUGCCCAAGAUGCGAAUGCACAAACACAAUUUCAGAUCCCUGGCCCCGAUGCCAUUGAUAAAGAUCCACAGGAUCUGGGCGAAGGUGCUGUUACUGCGGCUCAAUUUCCUCCUGGUGUUCCCCUGCCGCCGGUGCAGCGCCUCCCUGCCGAAUUUGAGUGCCCUUUCUGCUUCAAGGUGAAGGGCUUCCAAAAGCCGUCAGACUGGUCCAAGCACGUCCACGAAGAUGUGCAACCGUUUACUUGCACGUUCCAGCGCUGCAACGAGCCUAAAUCCUUCAAGCGCAAAGCGGACUGGGUCCGACACGAGAGUGAGCGACACCGGCAACUGGAGUGGUGGACCUGUACGAUGCCCGACUGCAGUCAUACGUGUUACCGGAAGGACAACUUUGUCCAGCAUCUUGUCCGCGAGCACAAGAUGCCUGAGCCGAAAGCGAAGAAGGGCAGCAGCAAAAACAAGGGAGAGAACCAGCACGACCGGGAGAUCGCACGACUCUGGGAAUUGGUGGAGAAUUGCCGGCACGAGACGACCAAAAACCCACGUGACGAGCCCUGUCGGUUCUGUGGAAACGUAUGCAGCAGCUGGAAGAAGCUCACAGUUCAUCUGGCCAAACAUAUGGAGCAGAUUGCUCUACCGAUCCUGGGACUUGUGCAGGAACGAGAAGUGGGGCCUACGCACACCAACUCCACUUUCAACUUGACAUAUCCCCCUCCGCAAUUGACCACGACACAGAACGGAUUUCUCUCCGCAGAGCCUGAAUCCAUGAAUAUAUUCGAAGAGUUGGCAUCACCGCAACUUCUACAUCCGGAGGCGGGGCAUCACCCUCCCCUUCAUCAAAACUCAGUCUCAUAUCCACCCCCAUUCAAUUCCAUGUCACGGCCGCAUACGCCCAGUAACCAUGAUGUCAACAGCAAUCCGGACAUGAGCAGCUUCUAUAGCCCUAGUCCGGUUGUGCUCUCUCCCGGACCAUUGGAUACGGGUUACGACGGACAGGGGUCAAUGUUUCUGUCCCCGACAACAGAGGAGGACUACUUCAAACCGGACCUGACAGCCACGUCUUUGUCAUAUGACUCUGGGAUGGCGCAUCAUAUGCAGAACCAGUAUAUGUAA